UCUCCAAGUCUCUCUCUCUCUCUCUCUCUAAUAUUCUUCCAAACCAAAUCCAAACGUUUACACCACUUGUCACCAAUGGCUGCGCCAACUGGAACUAUCAGUACUGUAUGGGUUAAGCCCGAUUUCUCCCAUUCAUCGAGGGAUUUGGGCUCUUGUUUUACCUUAAUUUCUCCAAAUAAGUCCAAGCCCAAGCCCAAGCCCAUUGGAAAAGACGCAGUUUGUUGCUUCCUUCAGGCCCCUUUUGUGCUCCUCCAUUUUCCCAAGCAGAUUAAUUCUGCUGCCACCAUAUACAGAAAGGAGAAUUCUCCUCCUUCCUCAGUUUCAACGUCCGGCGAUGCUUCGCAGUGGAAUUUCUUGCAGAGGACGGCGGCCAUGGCGUUGGACGUUAUGGCGAGCGCGGUGGUGGCACGCGAGCGGCAGUGUGUUCUGCCCAAAACAGCCGACCCCGCCGUCCAGAUUGCCGGCAAUUUCGCCCCCGUGCCGGAGCAGCCCGUCCGGCGAAAUCUUAUGGUCACCGGAAAGAUACCCGACUGCAUUCGAGGGGUCUACGUUCGGAAUGGCGCCAACCCACAGUUCGAGCCUGUCGCCGGCCACCACUUCUUCGACGGCGACGGCAUGGUCCACGCCGUCAAGUUCGAAGGCGGCGUCGCCAGCUACGCCUGCCGGUUCACUGAAACACGGAGGCUUGUUCAGGAACGGGCUUUAGGCCGUCCGGUGUUUCCGAAGGCCAUCGGCGAGCUCCACGGCCACUUUGGCGUAGCCCGGCUGUUGCUGUUCUAUGCUCGCGGGCUCUUCGGCCUCGUCGACCGUACUAACGGCACUGGCGUCGCCAACGCCGGCCUGGUUUUCUUCAACAACCGCCUCCUCGCCAUGUCCGAAGACGACCUGCCCUACCACGUACGCCUCACGCCCGCCGGGGACCUUAAAACGUCCGGAAGGUACACCUUCGAUAACCAGCUGAAGUCCGCCAUGAUCGCUCACCCGAAGCUCGACCCAGUUUCCGGCGAGCUCUUCGCUCUCAGCUACGACGUCAUCCAGAAACCGUAUCUCAAAUACUUCAGAUUCUCACCCACCGGCGUGAAGUCACCGGACGUCGAAAUUCCGCUCGCGGAACCAACCAUGAUGCAUGACUUUGCCAUCACGGAGAGGUUCGUGGUCGUUCCCGACCAGCAGCUGGUUUUCAGGCUGCCGGAGAUGAUCCGCGGCGGCUCUCCGGUGGUCUACGACAAGAACAAGAUGUCAAGGUUUGGGAUUUUGGACAAACACGCCACUGAUUCUUCCGGGAUCAAAUGGGUGGAAGCUCCAGAUUGCUUCUGUUUCCAUCUCUGGAACGCUUGGGAGGAGCCAGAGACCGACGAGGUCGUCGUGAUCGGAUCAUGCAUGACUCCACCGGAUUCCAUUUUCAACGAAUCCGAUUCCAAACUGCAGAGCGUUCUAUCGGAAAUCAGGCUCAACCUCAAGACCGGGAAAUCCAGCCGAAAGCCCAUCAUUCCCGAAGCAAACUUGGAGGCCGGAAUGGUGAACCGGAACAAGCUCGGGCGCAAGUCCCAGUUCGCUUAUCUCUCCAUCGCCGAACCGUGGCCGAGAGUCUCCGGUUUCGCCAAGGUCGACCUCGCCUCCGGUGAAAUGGCGAAGUACAUAUACGGCGGCGAGAAGUACGGCGGCGAGCCGAUGUUUGUUCCGAGAGAGCCCAAUUCGGAGGCUGAAGACGAUGGGUACGUUCUGGUUUUCGUGCACGACGAGGAGGAAAGGGAAUCAGAGCUGCAAAUCGUGAAUGCCAUGACUAUGAAGUUGGAAGCUUCGAUCAAGCUUCCGUCGCGAGUUCCAUACGGUUUCCAUGGCACGUUCAUAAGCUCAAAAGAGUUAGAGAGGCAGGCUUAGUUGAGAUUAAUCCAUGGUCCUAUUCUGUGUGUGGAUUCAUUGUUCGUCAUGAGUGUGACAAUGGAGAUUUACCAGAGGGAUUGCUGCAGAUUAAUCCAUGGUUCUAUUAGUACUUUGUUACUAGGUCUGUAUUUUUUUUUCUUUUUUCAUGUAAUGGCAUAUACGUUUUUCACCAUCUUUGAGAGUAUUGCCGAACUAUCUUGUGUAAUUAAAAGAGGGAUUGUGUUAUAUGUACAUAUAGGUUUACACACCUGUAAAAUAUUAAAAAAAAACUCCAUUCAUUUGCUAUCUUCUCUUUGCUCUCUUUCCCUUAUUUGCGAGGGGCUGAAGCCCAGGUUUCAUCCGCGUUCGAGAUGAAGCAAUCAAGCAUCAUCAAGGAUGAAGCUCAAUUGGCGUGAGACGAUAGCGACGAUGAGGAUGCAUCGAUUAGGUGCACGAGGGGACGACAGCGAGGGAUGAGGUGGCCAUGGGAAGAGAAGAGAGAGGAGAGGGGAGACGUCCA